AUGUUGGAUUCAGUUCCUAGUGAGGAAGAAAUUAAAAAUACUGUUUUUAAUAUGGACCCUGAGAGUUCACUAGGACCAGAUGGAUUUUCAGGCUGUUUUUAUAGAGCUUGUUGGCAGAUCAUACAUGAAGAUGUGGUGCAAGCAAUUCAAUAUUGUUGGAAAAGAAGAUUUAUUCCCAAAGGUCUUAAUUCAAGUUUCUUGGUUCUGUUACCAAAAGUGCAGGGAGCAAAAACUCCAAAUAAAUUUAGGCCAAUUUGUCUAAGUAAUUUGAGUUUUAAAAUCAUUACCAAGAUUAUGACUGUGAGAAUGAGUACCUUGAUGGAAAAACUAGUAGCUCCUCAACAAGCAGCUUACAUAAAGGGAAGAUGUAUUCAAGAACAAGUACUUCUAGCUUCUGAAAUGGUCAAUGAAAUGAAAAAGAAGAGAAGAGGUGGUAAUAUUGGCACUUAA